ACUGUGGAAUUUUAGGUUCACAGCGCGGAUAUAAAUCCCGGGUCUUUGUUUCCCAUCGGACAGUUUAGCAGUCGGACGCAAGCCAAAUGCAAAAUAGUGCUUGCUGGUGAUAAAUAGUUACAGACCGUGUUUCAACCUGUAUUCCUGUGUCAGUGAUAACUAUUUAUAUUUCGUCAUGAACAUGUGCCUAGUCAAUAUGUUGAGUGAUACUAGUGCACGACUAAGCAGAAGUCGAGGUCUAUGUGUUAUUUCUAUAACUGGUUCGAAAUUGCUGCGGUGACGACUUGGAAGUCAUCGUGUCGCGUGAAGUCAAGUCAUCUGACAGAUAAGUAAUUUGCAUUAAAAUUAAUGACAAUGGACCCCGAUCAUAAGGAGAUUCUCCGCAAGCACAGGCUGGAACUGUCCUCCAACAUUAACACGGAUGACACAAUCGUGCAGUAUUUGUACCAGGAAGACAUCCUGACACUAAACCACGUCGAGGACAUAUUAGCAGAAACUUCCAGCAAGAAAAGGACUCUAAAGCUGCUCGACCUCCUUCCUGUCCGGGGACCGAGAGCUUUUGAGAAAUUUCUUGUAUCCCUGGAGGCGGAGUACCCUUGGGUUCGGGAGAGGCUGCAGCAGGGACUGGACAGCCGCACUGGUCAGGUGACGGCUCAAGAUGGCUGGGCUGUCCAGGAGUCGGUUCUGGACUCUGUUCCGUCGGAGCGCCAUCUGAAUCGGCUGGCGGGUCGCCUGGGUCCGGAGUGGGAGUGUGUGCUGCUGGACCUGGGUCUCUCCGCCGAGGACGUGUACCGUUGCCAGGCCAACCACCCGCUGGCCGUGCGCAGCCAGGUUCUGGCGGGCCUGGUCCAAUGGAAGCAGAGAUCAGGUCGAGCGGCUACUGUUCGGGAGCUGGUACGGAGCCUACAGGCCGCGGAACUGCACCCCUCCAUAUUGGACCAAGUGCUCCAGUGAUUCUCACACAAGUACACACAGACGAGACAAGACAAGACACACACACCCACCCACACACACACGCACACACACACACACACAUACACACACACACACGCGCGCGCGCGCGCGCGCGCACACACACACUGUGUGGCAAAACGACCUAGAGCUGCACAAUGUUCCAAUGAAACUGUGAGUCUUGACAGACCGGGAACAAUGACAUGGGACCAAUUAACUAUUCACUUGUAAUUGUUCCAAUGAAUGAAUAAAUAAAAAGAAGAAAAAAUAACUUA